CUCAUCGCCGGCUCUCUCCGCUCACCUGACGGUGUCGGCCAACCGCAGAACUCACAAUGAUGCGCGUGAUCUGGAGCUUCUGCGCCAGUGUGACUCGUGGGACGGCUUCCUCACCGGCAUUGCCAGCAGCAGCGGAUGACGGACCUGUUCUGCCCACCGGCAAUGCAGCUCGGCCCGCCCAGCAUCAUGGUCAUCUCGACAAGGUGUGCUGCAUCUGCCGAGACGGGCUGCAGCCGCAGACGGAGCUUUGCCUGCGGCUGCUCAACUGCGGGUGCACGUACCACUUCGAUUGCCUGGCCGGCUACCUGAAGCAUCAGCUAUCUGCCGGGAAGGUGCCCUUCGUGUGCCCCUCGCUCGUCCCGUCGGCUGUGGGUGGGGAGCACCAAUGCCGGACACAGCUGAAUGCGGCCGAUUUGGUGAUGGUGAUGGAGGACGUCGAGCUGGCCAAGUAUGACGAGAUGCUCAUCGGCAAGAUGGCCGAGAUGCGCGUGUGUGGUACGCCCAGACAUAUGGGAUGAGUGGGGUGGGCGGGGGUGUGACUGACUGAUGUGGUGUGUGUGUGCACGUGCAGGCUAUCCUGACUGCGGUUACCGAUUCAUCCUCGGCCCUGAGCGAGGUGUACAGGCUGGCUUUCCUUGCCCGAAAUGCAAGAAGCUGUAAGUACGAGAGAAACCAACACACACAUCCCGCGAUGCAUGUGCAUGUGUGUAUGUGUGUGUGUGUUUGUUUGUUCGUGUGUCAGGUGUCUGCUGUGCGGCGGGAAGGUCCACAAGGACAUGACGUGUGAGCAGGCCAAGCAGGAUACAGCGCGCCAGGGCUGGUUUGGGCUGCUGCUGCAGCCCGACCAAGACGACAAACGGGGCGAAGAGGCAUUCCUGCGAUACCAGAAGGUACGCAGCCGGCACCACACAUACACACACACACACACACACACACACAUACACAUGGGGGAGUGUGGCAUUGGUGGUGCGUUGCAAUCGGUCAGCGUCACCGGACCAACGUGUGUCCCGGCUGCGGUGCUGUGAUUAGCAAGACCACCGGCUGCAACCACAUGACCUGCACCCACUGCGGCAAGGAGUUCCGCUACAACGAGGCGGGAAGGUACGCCUGUAUAUGUGUGAGCGGUAAAGUAGGUGGGCGGAUCCACCCACCUGUGUCUGUCUGUCUAUCUGUCUGUUGUAUUCACUGCCUGCACUGCAGCACGAAAAAGUGAGUGAAGGCGCUGGCUGUGACAGUGGAAGACAACAUGUUUGUGUGUGAGCAUCUGUCUGUCUGCGUGGAGAUGUGUAUAUGUCUGUAUGUGUGUGUGUGUAGAUGGCUGCAUAUAUACGCCUGUACGUACGUACGUGUCAUUUAUAUGAUUGCCCAUCGAGUGUAAUAUAGUCCAGAGAAAGAGAGAGAGAGAAAGAGAGAGAGAGAGAGAGAGAGGCGGUGGAGGAAAACAGUGAGUGUGACGCACGAAUCGAGCGUUGCACCGGGUUUAUAUACGUGCGCGUCCAUGUAUCUGCAGUAUUUGUAUACACGUGUGUGUGUGUGUGUGUGUGGAUCUGUCUGUCUGUCUGUCUGUGUCGUAUGUGCGCUCCUGUGUGCUGUCUGUCACGCCCGGCUGAUCGGUUUCCGGAUCGGUUUUCCCCAUUCGGUUCCAUGCAUGUAGCAUAGACGCGGACAUCCGUACACACAUCGAUCAGAUCAUACACACUUUUGGGUCGUUUUUCCUCUUCCCUUCGUGAAGCUUUAUAUAUCGACGGCCGGUGCACCGUUGGCCUUUUUUCGGACGUGUUUGUGAGGUCCAUACGUACAUGUGUGUGGGUGAGUCUGUGUUGAGAAUGGACAUACAGCUGACAACGUGCGAUCGAUUGAG